ACAAAAAUGGCUUCGAAUUUCUCUAAUGGAUUGCAUCAACCAGAGCAAGUCACACAGUGCGAACAACCGGCAGACUCUAACUCUGCAAUGUCCAAUACAAUGCCUUAUGCUGAAGUGGAGAAAAUCAGUUGGUAUCACCCCAACAUGACUCGCCAUUUAUCUGAAGGAUUAUUAAUGGCAAAUGGUGAUGACGGCAGUUACCUUUUAAGACCAAGUAAAAAAUCUGGACAGCUUUCUUUAUCAGUCAGGUGUGCAAACUCCGUAAAGCAUUUUGCAAUUGGAUGGGAUGGUCAAAAAUAUACAUUUGGCAUGGGGAAAUUUGAUUGUUUGGCUGAAUUUGUUGAACAUUUUGAGAACAAACCACUUAUUGGUGGUGAUUCAGGUGUCCUAACAUUGCUGAAAUAUCCAUAUCCUCGUGAUAUAGAGGAACCAGACAAUUAUGACACUGUGAGAAUUCAUGCAGUAUGGGGACGAGAAAGGGACAAGGAUGACCAUAAAGGCAACACUCCAAUUGCUACUCAUGAAGGUUUCCUUACAAAGCAAGGUGGUAGAGUGAAGAGUUGGAGAACUAGGUAUUUUGUUGUUGUUGGCACAGAUUUAAAAUAUUUCAAAGCAAAAGAUGAUGAACUGCCACUAAGGACUUUAGAUUUGACAAAUUGCAAAGAAGUCUCUGAAGAUCACACACAAGGCAAAUCUAAUUGUUUUAAAAUUGUAAUGCCUAGUCGAACCUUUUAUUGUUAUGCAAGUACAAGACAGGAAGCUGAUAAAUGGAUGAAGUUAUUGCACUGGAAAAUGAAACCAUCAAAACAAAACAAGGCAUGAGACAAACAUUGCUAUGAUGUUUUUAGCUCACAAAAGUAUUGAUUACACAUCUAUCUGAGCAAAUUGUACAGUUCAAACAGACAUCAAUUAUUUAUAACCUGUCCACAUUCACAUGAUUUUUUUAUGAAAUUUCUUAUGAAUCACAAAUCAGUUGCUGAAUUUAUAAAAUUUGUACAAAUGGAUGAGCUUCUAAAUUAUAAUUUUAUGAUGAUUU